AUGGCAUCACAAGAUGAGAUUCAGAUCCAAGAUGAAAUUGCCCAGCUUGAGAGUCGUCUACACGAGGCAAAAGCCCGUCUGAGUGCUCUCGACUCAUCAAACCCCGGCAUCCCGUUCCGGCCAGCCCCAUCGCCAUCACCGUCUUCAUCAACGCAUUUCCUCCUCUUGCUCUCUGAUUCCGCGCUUCCCAUAGGGUCCUUCGCCUUCAGCAGCGGCCUCGAGUCCUUCGCCGCGCACAACGCCCGCGCCUCCUUUGGCGCCUUUCUGCCCCUCUCGCUGUCGUCCUACGCCUGCACGACGCUGCCCUUCGUCCUCGCCGCGCACCGCCAGCCCGGGGCCCUCGCGUCCUUGGACGACCAGCUCGAUGCCGCCGUCAUCUGCACCGUCGGCCGGCGUGCCAGCGUCGCCCAGGGCAGGGCGCUGCUGAGCAUCUGGGAGCGCUCGUUCAAGGCGACGCUUCCGAGCAGCGCCGCGGACGACGCCCUCGUCCUCAAGGACUUUGCCACGCUUCUUCGUCGAGAGAGCACCAAGGCCGGUGGCGAGGCUCCUCUCGUCUCAGCUCAUCUCGGUCCGCUGUUCGGCGCGAUUUGCGCCAUCGUGGGGCUGACGCUUAGACAGACGGCUUAUGUCUUCAUGUUGAGCCACGUCAAGGCGCUGAUUUCGGCGGCCGUGAGGGCAAACAUGUUUGGGCCGUAUCAGGCACAGAAGCUGCUUGCGAGUGACAACGUGCAGACCCUGAUUAAUUCAGUGGUGGAGAGGGAAUGGCAUACGUCGGUUGAAGAAGCUGGACAGAGUGUGCCGGUGAUGGAUCUGUGGGUUGGGCGGCAUGAGCUGCUCUACUCGAGAAUAUUCAACAGCUGA